UUGAAAAAGAUAGAAAUGGUGGAGGGAGAUCUUCCAAAGGCCGGAAGGUACCUGUAGUUUUCAUUGCCAAAAAGAAAAAGAAAAAGAAAAAAGUUAGGGUUUUUCCGUUGAAUUCAAAGCUAUAAUAAAUGUUCUCCUCCACCAAUAGUCUCAAUCCACCUUCACACUACUACCCCUCAUCCUCGUGCCAUUAUUUUCCUUCUCCUUUUCCGAACCACGAGUUUGACGGCAUUUUCCAUAACGAACAGCAUCACGAUCAGCUUGCUGGUCGAUUUUUAACCACCAAUUAUGCUCCAAUAUUUCCUGAAAAUGUCAGUUUUGCAGUUUCAAGAUAUCCUACUAUGACAAUGCAAAACAAUGGAGAGUACUACUCAUCUAGUAUUUCCAAUUUUCUUGCCGAGAAACCUGUGAAGAAAGAUCAGCGCAGCAAGAUUUACACUUCUCAGGGUCUGAGGGAUCGAAGGGUGAGACUUUCCACUGGGAUCGCCCGCAAGUUCUUUGAUCUCCAGGACAUGUUAGGGUUUGACAAAGCUAGUCAAACCGUAGACUGGUUACUUUCUAAGUCUAGAAAAGCUAUCAAAGAUGUUGCACAAAUGAAUCGUUUUUCGUCACCAACGUCUGGUCAUGAAGUGAUUUCUGGAAUCAACAUAGACGUCAAUGAUAGCGGAAACCUAGAAGGAAGAGUUUCAAAAAGCAGGUCAUUGCUAGGUGUUUCGAAAGAGAAGGUCAAGAUGGAGAGGGUAAAGAAAGCAGCUUCGAUUCAUCUCCUAUCCAAAGAGUCGAGAGCGAAGGCAAGAGAAAGAGCAAGGGAAAGGACAAGGGAAAAAAUAUGCAACGGAAGGCUGCACGAGUCGAAAAAACUUGAUGCAGGCAGUACUCAAAUUGUGCAACAGUAUUUGAGGUCACAAAGUGAUCAGCUUGAAGCUUGUAUAAGAUCCAGCUACAAGGUGGUGGGGGAAAUUGAAGUACUGAGCUCUCACCUAAUAGCUGAUCGAGACCCAGGAGCGAGCAUUUCGGACGAAUCUUUUGUGAUCAGAAGGAACUUGAAGCCAUCCGAGAUAUUGAAUUAUCAGCCAAACCUGAUGAUCUCGAAAGAUCUAAGUUCCAACAAUGAGAAUAGCAACUACUUUCCCAAUUUAGGUCUAACAUGGGACAUUGAUAACACGGUCGAGCUCUAGCUUUUGUGCCGUACUUACCAAAACUCGAAUUUUUCUUAAGACUUGCAAAUCUACUGGAAUCCUUUGGAAGGCAAUGACAAUCAAGGUUUACGCUAAAAUGGAGUCUUAAUUAAGUGCUAGCUAGCAGCUUUAUGCAUUAUACCGAUGUAAGUUGCACUUGUUAUUUUAAGUUAUAUCAGAAAACGGGUGUACUUUUGGAAUGCUUAUAUGCAUAUAAUUUAUCUAUGAUGAAUCACUUGAUCAGCUGCUUUAGCGUUGAAAUA